AAUGGAACAAUUAUAAAGAUAGCCAGCAAAAUAACUAUAUUUUACAACUGAGUUAUUUAAAAAUAAGUUCAUAACAGAAAAAGAAAAAAUUCAAUUAAAAGAAUUUAUUAUUGCUCAAGAUGAUUUCCUAACAUCAUAUUUUGAUUAAUAUGAAAGAAAUGAUAUCACAGAAUAAGAAUUGAGAGAAGUAUAUUUAUUAAUGUUAUUUAGAAAUUAAUCAAAUUAGUUAGAACAGAUUUCUUUAAAGAUUCUAAUUUUAAGCGAAAUUGA